UCACACUGGUGACAGGGCAAAGAGCCUUGCAGAGAUAGAGCGCAUCACACACGGUAAGGGCAGAAAAAAGAAGCAAAGCCCUCGAUGUCGUUUGCCAGGGCAACAGGCAUGGGUGCUAAGAACGGGAUUCUUGCUGUAGAGCUCCAAACGAAGGGCACAAAUGCCGUGACUCUGCUCCUGGAGCGCGCCCAAGCGCACGCCAACCUGGGCAAUGAGUCACAGGCACGCGACGACAUCUCGCGUGCAGCCGCACUAGUCAAAGAGCCAGCACACGGCUCAGCCGAGAGCAUUGCAGCGGUUGAGCGCGCGCUGACGGAGAUCACGAUCUCCAAGGGCAGCAGUGCAAAACCCCUGGUGACUGCAUCAGACACGGUGAUCGUACAGAAGGUUUUGCAGUAUGUAGCGCAAAGGGAUGUGGACUGCAAGGACGUGGUGGAUGUGGUCAGAGGCGCUGGAGGCGAGGAUCCGGCAGAAGAAAUAUGUGCUGGAGCCACGGGAUAUGCUGGAGCUGCUGGAUGCGUUCCAUGCGCUGUGCAGGGGCGGGGACGGGGAGGUGGCAGAGGAGGUUGGGUCGUGUAUUAGACAGGCGCUGGGCGGGGCGGGCGGGAAUGCGGCGGCCAGGCAGAUGCUGGUGGACUUUGCCAAGGCUGUGGCCGGGGCGUGGGAGGCGCACCAUAGCAAUGGCGAGUUCAAGCAGCUGGCGUGCCGACACGGCGCUGGCAUGUAUGCAUCGGCAGCUUAUGCGCUCAGCACCAUCGCCCCAGAUGCCUCAGUGCAGCAGUGCUUGGCGCAGGCAUUUGCGUUCUACAUUGGUCAGAUCUGGAUGGUGGGAUCGCUGCCAUCUGCGGAGUUCACGCAGGCGGGCCAGGGCAUGCUGCGACUAUUGACUGCAAAUAAGCCAGUGUUCCUUCAUGAAUUCGCCAGUGCCUCUGCAGCGACCAGAAAGGGCACGGUGACGCCCCUGGAGCGCCUGCUGGGCAUUCUGGGCGAGCAGUCGAGUGACAGGCGCCCGCUGGCACUGCUGAUCGUCAGCCAGAUUGUCUCUGCAGCCAAGGACCCGCAGAACUCGAGCGGAUUCAGCGACUACGACCAGUCUGUGCGCGGUGCGCAAGCCCCGCCGGCCAUUGGCUCUUUGCGCACAUCGGCAGUUCGCGUUCUCGACACUCUGGUUCAGUCGACGCUGCAGGCAGAGCGUACCAGCGGGCUCCUGGCGCUCGCAUCGUUGUUUGAGGCGGGCGUGGGCGCAGACCUGGCUGGCGAGCUGUGGAAGAAGACCGGCUGGAUCGAGGACCUGUGGGACCAGGGCGAGUUCGACAAGCCGGCCACGCAGCUGGCAUUGCUCAGGCUGGCAGACAGCAGUAGCUCGGAGAUCAAGUUUGGCACUGCAAUGAGGGAGUAUGGAAACGGGCUUGUCCAGGAGCUGGCCCGCAAGGCGUCGUCCAAGAGCGAGGUGGAGCGGGAGCUGGCGGAUGCAGCGGCCAUUGUCCUAGCAAAAUGGUCAGGCGCUCCGGCCCCAGCCCCAGCCCCAACCCAGCAGGCGCCAGGGACGAUCGAGGAGAUCGGGGAACCGCCAGCCAAGGACAUGGAGCCGAUGCAGUUGGCCGAAAUCCACAUUCACCGGAUCAUCGAGUGCGCCAGCAAGCCAGCCACGGAUGCGGCGGCGGCUGCGUCCAUUGAGAAGGCGGUCGAGGCUCUGGGGUAUCUCUGCCUGAAGCCAGCAUUGAAGGAGCAUGUCGCACACAACACUGCUCUGCUGCGCGGGCUGUUUGGGUUUGCGCAAAAGUCGACGCUCUCGUCGCUAAAAUUCAGCACAAUCAUGCUGGUCCGCAACCUGACCAACUACAAGCCUGUGCUGACCGAGGAGCAGAAGCGAAUGCAGCAGCUGCAGAAGCUCAGCACACGAGCGCAGAACAAGGCUGCAACCAAGGACGAUGGCUCGGUGCGUACGGUCGGUGACGACAUGAAGGAGGUCGAGGAUGAGGAGGAUGUGCUGGACUCGAACCCGCAUGUGUCCCAGCGCGCUGAGCUGGUGUGCAAGGCCGGGUGCUUGCCGGUGCUUGUCUCGGCAGUGCAGUCCAAGAUGCGCCCGUCGGACAGCACCAAGGACGCGGUGGCCGAAACCAUAGUGUCGCUAGCCACGACGCAGACACUGCGCGGCCUGGUUGUGCAGCAGGGCGGUGUGCGUGCGCUGCUCAGCAUUCUGACGCCCGACGCGCCCAAGGCCAAGCACAAGGAGGACGCGGGGCUGCCGCAUGCCUACCGCCAGCAACGCUGACAAGAACAUAGCCUUUGCGCUGGCCAAAAUCGCCAUCUCCGUAGCCCCGCACCUGGCGUUCCCAGAUCCGCGCGAAAUCGUGCGCCUGCUGCUGCCGCUGCUUUCCGAGGAGAGCGAGUCCGCAGGCGAUGCUGAUCAGGUUCGAGUCGCUGCUGGCGCUGACGAACCUGGCCAGUAGCCAGCCGGGAUCCGCCCACGACGUGCGCGGGUAUCUGGCCAUUGACCUCAAGGGC